UGUGCACGCUGUUGCGAGAGUGCGCGUGCGCGACAGGGAAGUGUCUUGAAUUUACGCUUGCGCGGCCGGGUGGCUGUCGGCUUCUGAAAGCAUCGGGAGGUGGAAGUGAAAGAGCGCGGCUCUGUGCAGUAAAUACAGAAGAGAUAGCUAUUUGCUGCACAUGCCCUAGAAUUAAAGGAAGCCCAUGAGGCACUGAUCAACUCUUUGUGGUAGCAUAGUCCAAUCUGUCGCUGAUCCUCAGGAGGUCUAAGAAAACAAUAGUUUACCUAACACCAUGUUAAGCGCAGGAAAAGAGAAUUUUCGGCUGAAGAGCUACAAAAACAACUCUCUCAAUCCCGAUGAGAUGAGAAGACGACGGGAAGAGGAAGGACUGCAGCUACGGAAACAGAAACGUGAGGAACAGCUAUUCAAACGUAGAAAUGUCACACACACGGAGCAGGAAGAGGAAGAAGAUGAGGUAAUGAGUGACAGUGGAUUCCAUGAGUCACAAGUAAACAUGGAUAUGGCUUUGACUGGAGUAAUCACAUCGGAUAUGGUACAGAUGAUUUUCUCAAACAAUUCAGAACAGCAGCUGGCUGCUACGCAGAAAUUUCGGAAACUUCUUUCCAAAGAACCAAAUCCUCCUAUUGACGAAGUGAUCAACACACAAGGAGUAGUGGAAAGAUUUGUAGAAUUCCUCAAAAGGAGAGAAAAUUGUACAUUACAGUUUGAAGCAGCAUGGGUUCUGACAAAUAUUGCAUCAGGAAGCUCAUUACAGACCCGUGAAGUAAUCAAAGCUGGUGCUGUGCCUGUCUUUAUUGAAUUACUAGCGUCAGAUUUUGAAGAUGUGCAAGAACAGGCAAUCUGGGCCCUUGGCAACAUUGCAGGGGACAGCACUGUGUGCAGGGAUUAUGUGUUAGACUGUAAUAUACUGCCUCCUCUCAUUCAGCUGCUAUCAAAACCUAAUCGAUUGACAAUGACGAGGAAUGCUGUUUGGGCAUUGUCAAACCUGUGUAGAGGGAAGAAUCCUCCUCCAGAAUUUUCAAAGGUAUCUCCCUGUCUCAGUGUUGUGUCCUGGCUGCUAUUCCUCAAUGACAUAGAUGUUCUGGCUGAUGCCUGCUGGGCUUUGUCAUAUUUAUCAGAUGGGCCCAAUGAUAAAAUCCAAGCAGUAAUAGACUCGGGAGUUUGCAGAAGAUUAGUGGAACUAUUGAUGCACUGUGACUAUAAGGUGAUAUCACCAGCUUUACGUGCAGUAGGGAACAUUGUAACAGGCGAUGACAUACAAACUCAGGUAAUUUUAAAUUGCUCUGCUUUACAGAGUUUAUUGCACUUAUUGAGCAGCCCUAAAGAAUCGAUCAAAAAGGAAGCAUGUUGGACCAUAUCCAAUAUUACAGCAGGCAACAGAGCACAGAUACAGGCUGCGAUAGAUGCCGAUAUCUUUCCUGUCCUAAUAACUAUUCUACAAACGGCAGAAUUCCGGACAAGGAAAGAAGCUGCUUGGGCCAUUACCAAUGCGACUUCUGGUGGAACUCCUGAACAGAUCAAAUAUAUAGUGGAAUUGGGCUGCAUUAAACCAUUAUGCGACUUGCUGACUGUUAUGGAUGCAAAGAUCGUUCAAGUGUCAUUGAAUGGCUUGGAGAAUAUACUUAGACUGGGUGAGCAGGAAGCUAAACAAAACGGAACAGGAAUAAAUCCAUAUUGUGCACUAAUAGAGGAGGCCUAUGGUUUGGAUAAGAUUGAAUUCUUGCAGAGCCAUGAAAACCAAGAUGUUUAUCAGAAAGCAUUUGAUCUAAUAGAGCAUUACUUUGGUACAGAAGAGGAGGAAGAUGCCAACAUUGUCCCUCAAGUCGAUCUUAAUCAGCAGCAAUACAUCUUCCAACCACAUGAAGCUCAGAUGGAGGGCUUCCAGCUGUAAGCACAAUCGCAAAGAGGACUACUGACUCCACUUAAGACACACACACCUCUCCCAGGGCUGUUGGGACUGACAAGUUCUUUUGGGGUUGGUGGGGUGGGGGGGGGAUCUGCACCUAACACCAUGAUAAAUACGCACCUAUACAGGUGAGCAAUGCUGGGAAGAACUUGCUCAGUUAGCUGAAUGGUUCUUAUUAACAAAAGGUUGUAUGUAGGUGUAUAGAAAAGCACGUAUUUACAUACAGCACACUCUACAAAGCUACAUUUGGGAACCACACAAAGUAUAUUAUAUAUGAAGGUUGUAUUCUUGUGUGUAUAAUAAUAUAUGUACAUAAACAUUCAAAUAGGGGUUAGGGCAAACUCAGCAAAUUUGCACCACCUGACUCUUCCAUCUUAAAUAAUUGUAUCCUUUGCUGUGGCUCUGUUCUUUCUAUUGUGAUGUUUAAUAUUGCUGAUUUUUUUUUUGUUUGUUUGUAAAAAUCAAACUGGUGCAAUAUCAAUGUAGGUUAACUGAUGGACUGUCUACCCAGUAAUGCCCUCCAUUGAAUGACGUUCAUUUACAUUUUCUAUAGUUAAUGACAAAUCUAUUAGAAAUGGAGUUGUGAUCAUCCCUUAUGGUAGUUUGAGGGGUGGCUGGGCUUGGUGGUUUGAAUAUGACUUCCUCCUGCUCAGUUUAUCAAUCUGACAAAUCGCACCAGUGACAAGAUCUACUGAACUAGUUAACUUUUACUUUGUGGUAAUUCUAAGCAUAAUGUAAAAGAUUUUUUUCUAGCUUCAUUUUGAAAUGUUCUUGUGAAAAGUAGACAAGAUAUCUGUGAAAAUUGGAAGAUUUUUGUUGGAAUUGUGAAGCAGUGAAAUUUAAGUUCAUAUGCAUAAGGAUCUGUGAUUGAUGGUGAAUUAUAUUGCAUCCAUGAGAAAAUUAGUAAUUCAGCAUUAGGAACUAUCAGAACUAUACUGGCAACAUAACUUGAAAUGGCUGGUAUACAGCCAGUCAUGGGGAGCCAGGGAGUAGAGGCUAAUUCCUACAGCCCAUUCUGAUCUCUGUAUAAAUUUAAAAUGUUCAGCGCACUGUGUAUAUUAGAACCAGAAAUCAUUUGCUUGUUGGUUCAUGUUAAUUAAAAUCCUCUUGCCACCCAGGAUUGUCAUUCUGGGCAAUAUAACUGCUGUUCUUUACAGAGCAAGAUUAAAUUAAGAAACCCAUCUGAGCUUUCCAUACUAUGGUGCUAUCUUACUAGGUAGCCUAGUGAUUUAGUGAGCACAAACGGGUGAGAAGUGAGAAUGUAAGAAAUGGCUCACACUGAAAAAACAUGAACCAUCUUGGCAGAAUCUGAACAUGAAGGCUCAUCAAAAUUAGGAGUCAUGGUGUAUCUUUGAAGAAUGGUCACUUUACAAAUCUUUCACUGCACAACAACAACAUUCAUCCCUUCAACUGGCUUUGUCAUUUCAACCUUCUAAUGACCAGCCAAUGUUGAUUAUUGAGAGAAUAUUCAAAUUGCUGUGUUGUAAGAAAAGGAAGUACUACUGGUUUCAGCUUGAGACCCAAAAGCUGGCAAUGUUAUGAUUUCAGUGUCAUGUCAGCGCACCUGUAAAGAAAUGGGCUGGGUAUUAACAAUCAGUUCUUUUAGUUCCUUUGCUAUUUCAUGGUGGAGAUAUGGUUGGUUAGUACAGUGUUUGUGACCACACUCUCUUGAUACUAUGAUUAAUACAGAUCUCCUACUUGUACUUCAUUGGUUCUUGUUCCCAUUUCUUUUAGAGGUAUACUUUGCACUGUUUAAGAUUUAGUUGUAUAAAGGAUUGAUGUCUGCUUUCAAAGACUCCUGAAAAUCUUAGUUCUGAUCAAUACCUGAAACCAAUUAUCUUCUCCCACAAGGUAUUGCUGUGUUGUACAUGCUCCAUGACUUUAAAUGCAUUUGACAAUUUGCUAUCCAGGCUUUUAUCAGUUAUGGAAACACAAAUGUGACUGGUAGUUGUUCUGCUCCCUUAUUUUGGGCCAAUAUUUGUAAGCUGGUCACAUGAUACCAUACUCUUACAAGACAUGAGUUUGAAUUGGUGACAGUUCAAGCUCUCUACUGCUGUGUACAACUUUUAGCAUUUGAGGCAGAGAUGACUAAAAUGGCACUGGUAAAAGUUGACUUAGAUUUCGUGUUAAGUGAGACCUGAGAUUUGGGUAGCGAGUUCAUUAAUAUCCUAGAAAACAAAAGUUAAAGCAUUAUUGAUAAUGGCAGAAUUUCAAUAAGUAUUUAUGACUCUACCACACAAUACUGCAGUGAGAGCAAAUGCUUUUUUUUUAAAUACUCAAUUUUGCAUUUCCAAAAUGGUUGCCAUAUUUCAAAGUACAGCAUUCUUUAGAAGUAUGAUUUUAAACAAAACCAUAUGUAGAUUUUUCCCAUUAAGUAUAAAUUGGUAGUAAGAAUAUUUCAGUCAUUCUUCAUGAAAGGACAAACAAAUUGAAAUACUGUAUGUUUACACUAUAUUCCUAAAAGAACUCUUAACUUUCUAAAUAUAGUUUGUAUUUAAAUAUGGUAACGCUCAUGAGUGAUGUUUGAGUAAGUGUGGUGGAGUGAAUGGAAGCGUUAAAUGGGUUGGAGGGGCAGGAUUGUCAACAAACUUAAAAAUUAUCCAAAUACUUCUGGCCAGCUAUUUUGGUUUAGUUUAAGCUCUUUGUAACAUUUUAAUGCCAUCAUUGAUUGUGCUGUUACUUUGGAAUUGCAACUCUAUUUGGAUUGACCUUAAUGAAGAGUUUCAUUGUGCCUUGAAUAAGUUUGAAAGGCUAUUAAUCAUUUUGUUAACAUUUUUGGCACUGUGUUUCAACAGUGUGCAUUUCUUCAGCUUUUGUUUCUAGCUGUGUGAAAUUCUCAUUCAAUUUGUGUCUGUAGGACUCCAGUAUUGGCACUGUUAGCCUCUUCCAUCUCUUUAGAGCCAACUUCCUUGGCUAAAUUAAUGAUUUUACAUUAAACACUGGGGACAACAUUGUGAAAUGCUUUGAAAUUGAUGCAUUCAAACAUGCUUUUUGCCACAUACUUUUCAUACAUGCUACCAGAACACCAUUCCAUAAAUCAACAAUAUUACCAUUAAUCCUUGGGGAAUUUUUGCAUUACCAUAAAUUCCUUGAUUGUUGGUCUGUGUUCACUAUCUGCUUCCUUGAUGAGGUAGAAGAAGUGACAAAUAAUAUGGUAGGUGAACAACCAUAACGCUUUCUGAUAAGCCAUCAGAAUUGGUUGAAUGACCUACCUAAGAUGAGCAAUAUUCCUUGUAAAUGGGAAUGGAAUAUAGAGAGAACCAUUCAUGUAAUAUUGUCUUGGUUAUCCAGAUUCUUUUAUUUGAUUGAAAAAUAACAUGUAGAUGGUCUUUAGAAUAGCCCAUGUCUCUGUGGCACAUCACUAGAGUUCCCACCAAGCAGAUGAGUUCAGUGAUAUCCAGUAGUUUCAAAACUUGAUGCAGUCUUUACUUCUAGGAAAAUUAUAUUUUCUUCAUGGCAUAUGUUUCUAAUAAAUCCCUGUUGCAGCAAUAUUGAGGACUUGUUUCAGAAAUUGCCUUUGGUAAAUAUCUUCAAAUAGGCAAGGAAUUUUCAGCUACAGUAUCAGAACUAGUUGCCUCACCUAUCUCUGUUUUGCAAAUUGAAUUACCUUUUUAACAAAAUCCAAACCAACCACCACUAGCACUAAAACCUUCUGACUGAACUCUCAUUCUGUCCAUUGUUUUAGAUUAUUAUGAAGCUUUUGGUUUUUGAUUCACUGACGCACGUACAAAGGUGCAUUGCAUUGAUUUUUGGUUCUUUACCAAGCUACGCAAGAGUCUUUCCACAUUUUUCACGAUGCUGUUUUCUAGGUACAACUUAACUUGGUAGCAUUUACAGAUGUGAUUUAUGUACUUCGAUUUUUGUUGGCAUUAUCAGAAAUCAUUCUUGGCACCAAAAGAGAUAAUCUGAGUGCUUUCUCAGUAGCAACUGCAUAUCCUCCAGCAUCAACAUGCUUAAAUCUCUAAUUUGUAAAGUAAUGGCUUUUCUUGUUCUCUUACUACCAAACUGUCAGUUAUUGGUAUAAGAGAUUGUUAUAUUUUAAUUGGAAUUUAAUGAUUUAAUCACGUUUCAAACAACAAAAUAUUGUGUGGGGACUAAUACUGAGGAGCAGUGCUGGGAAUGCUGUAUCAUGAUGCAACUGUUCAUUAAAAUAUGCCACAAAGUAGUUCACUGUGACCCGCUUGUAAAUGACAUAGACAAAGGAUAUGUUUAAUUUUGUAUUAGUUUGUAGUGUUAAUACUGUGGUUCGUAUUUGUAUAGCUUGGCUGGAGGAAAGUGCAGCAACAGAGCCCUGAACAAAUAUUGUGCAUCUUAUUCAGUUCCAAUUUUUGUUUAUGAUGUUUGGACAUAGUAUUGUGAGUGGUGCAGUCCAAUCUUAAAUAUUGUAUUACCAAUUGGAUUUAAUGGAAAAAACAGCAAAAGGAAAUGCUGUUUAAUUGGUCUUUAUCAAGUGGCCAACAGCAUUUCAGCACUUACUAGAUUAGAGUAUUUUGGCUUUCAAUUUGCAAAUUUUGUUCUAAAAAUAAUUUAGUUUCUUUUGUAAACUUUGGUUUUUGAAACCACAUUUUUUUAUGUUGCACUCUGGGGAUAAUAGUCCUACAAGUCUGCCCGGAAAAUCUAUUUGUGAUAUUCUGUUUUAUUUCUAUGAUUGACAGUGAAGCUAAAAGGACAGAGAAACUGAUAUUUGUCCAGACAAUAGUUCUGCAUUUUUUUUAAAUGAUGUGAAAUGUUUGACAAAAAUGACAUUUUAUAACAAGAGUUCGAAGGUUCCUUCAAGUAAAUAACUUCUAUUCUGAUGCCCUGCACAAUCCUUAUUAAAUGACGGUGAUCCACGGUUUAAAUUGUAACCUAUUUGUCAAUGAACUGUUCAAUAGAUGUCAUAAAUUGAAUGUCAGCUAUGUUCUCUAAACAACUCUGUUCAGGUUAUCACUGAAUAACUUUUUGAACAAAAAACAGAGCUGAUGAUAAAUAAGGUAUGAUUGGUGUCAGCCAUGGAUAAAUUGGUAGCAUAUUUGCUUCGGAAUGUUAAGAUUUGAGUUGAGUCACAUUCUAGGACAUGAGCUCAAAAAUCAAGGCUGCUACUUUAGUGUAGUAUUAAGAGUGUGCUGUGAGAUAGUUUAACAUAUAUGAUCCAAAAGACUAAGGCCCUAUUGGUCUUAAAAGUAGAGAUAAAAGAUCCCAAAAACACCAUUUCCAAGAAGAGGUGGGAAAGGAGAUUAUACCUGGUGUCUUGGCCAAAAUUUAUCCUUCAAUCAGCAUCAAAAAAACAGAUUGUCUGGUCAUUAUGAAACGACUGUUUGUGGCAGCUGGCUGUGUGCACAUUGACCUGUAAUACUACAACAGGAAGUAUGCUUUAAAAGUACUACUAAAAAGAGCUUCAAUAUAUUCAGUGGUUAUGAAAGGCACUGUUUCAAUGCAAGUUUUCAUGAAUUGUUUACAUUUGAGCAUUAUUUUAGUUUGUCGUCAUGCUUGGAAAAUGUCUGCUAGAGCAUUCAUCGUAACAGGUCUGUGACAAGAAUUCAGCAGGCUCAAUGAGAACUUUUUGUUUUCUUCAAGCUAUAUUUACAAAUACAUCUUGUUUACAGGGAUAUGAUUUCUCUUUGUCACUUGGGCUUUCUCCUUGCCAAAUUUGAUAGCUUAUUAAUACGUUUUGCACAAGUGUCAACCAGUUCAGCCCUUUUGCUCUCGGAUUACGUAAGACAACAUCCAUUUGCCAUAUGGCAAGCAAUGAACAUUUAAUAAAAAAAAAAAACUUUUUAGGAUGUCUGAAAUUUAAGUGUGAAUUAUUGAGAUACUGUGAAUUACAUUCUGAUAAUCUGUUCUGCACGACCUAGCCUCCGCACUGCCCUUUAUGCAGAAUAUUAGGAAUAUUUUAGAUUCCAUCCUACAACGAAAAGGAUAGCUCCAGCUCUUCCAUUUUUGCAGAGAACACGUUUGUUUCAACUUUUAGAUUUAGAUUUUUCUUUACACACAUUUCUUCUGAAAAAGGGAAGCUUAGGUUCUAAAGAUAACAUGGGGGAGGCACAGGUGUUGUGGUAACGUCACUGGACUAGUAAUGCAGAAGCCGGGCUAAUGCUGUGAGGCCAUGUUCAAUUGCAACUGUAGUAGUUGGAGGCAUUUAAAGCUAGUUUCUAUAAUGGGGCUAUGAAGCCAAUGUUUGUUUCUUUCUUUUUUUAAAAAAAAAAAAAAAAAAAAAAUUUCCCCACUGUUGUCUUUAUCCAGGCUGGCCUCUGUGAGACUUCAAGCCCAUAGCAAUUUCGUUAUCUCUUGACUGAACUCUGUUCAGCAGGCAACCAUCGCUGAUCUUGCCAGCGAUGCCUACGUUCCAUGAAAGAAUUCUUUUUUUCAAGAGAAGGAUAUUAAAGAAUUUAAGUGUCUAACAGACCCUUAACUGGCUUUUUGACUAUGUAUACAACUGGUGUUCACAAGGCAAAUAACCAUUAUCUAGUGUUUAAUGCAAUUCAAUUUUCAUGACCGGUUCCUUUCAAAAGUGCACUCUGUUCCAUCGAAGGCAGCACAUUUUGGGUAAAAGCUUUUCCUCAUGUCAUCACUGCCUAUAAGUGAUUUCUAUAUGAAUAUUAAAUAAGGAAAGGCCAUUCAGAUUUAAGAACAAAUCAUGUUUAACUAACUUGAGCUUUUUUUUGAAUUAGCAGAGAGGGUAAAUGUAGUGUGUAUAGCCUUCCAAAAGGCACUUGGCAAAAUGCUAUGUAACCGGCUUGUCAGCAAAUUUGGAUCCUGCUGAACAAAACAGGCAGCAUGGAUGACAGAUUGAGGAAACAGUCAUGAAUCGUUGUUUCUCAUGCUGAUGAAAAGAUGCAUAGUAGGGCUUCCUGUGGAUAGAUGUUGGGACCGUUUUAUCUUGAUGUGUAUUUAUGACUGAGAUUUUGAUCAGGGUACAAUUUUAAGAUUUAUGAAUGACUGAAGAUUUGAAAGUAUUGUGAACUAAGCAGGGAUAGUGAUUAGCUUAGAGGGCUUGGGCAGGUUGAUGGAAUAUGCUGACAAGUAGCAGGUAGACUUUACUGUGAAGUGUAAAGUGAUUGAUAGAGUAAAUAUAAAAUGAUGGGUACAACUCUAAAUGAGUUGCAGAAAUUAAGAAUGUUGGUAAUGCAUGUACAUGAUUUGAAGGUGGUAGAGAAAGUGAUUAGCAAAGCAGUAGGAAUCCUAGGCUUUACUAAUUGCGGCAUAGUAUACAAAAGUAAGAAAGCUGUGAAUCUGUGUAAAACACUGAUUUGAUCUCAACUGGAAUGUUGUGUCCAUUUCUGCUCACCAUAUUUUAGGAAUAACGUGAACUUAUCAGAGAAGAUAUAGAAAAGAUUCAUGAAAAUGUUACCAGGGUGGUGAACUUCAGUUAUACAGAAAUUGAAAAACCUCUUCUUUUGAGAAGAGGAAAUUGGAUGCGUUUUCAGCACAAUUGAGAUUUUGACAGUAGAAGGGGGAAAGCUGUUCUAUUUUCAGAAGUUUGAGAACCAAGGGAUGUUAAUUUAACCCGAAUGGCAAAGGCAGUGAUGACAUGAGGAAAAGCUUUUACCCAACACUUGAUUAGGAUCUGGAAUGCUUUGCCUUGCAUUCUAGUGGAGACAGGUCUUUAAAGAGAAUUGGAUAUUUAACCUGCAAUUUCUUUUCCACUUUUGGACCAGGGACAAAAUGGAAGAAUGAGACUCGGUGAGUUGUUCUUGCAAAGAGCUGGCUCAAAUGACCUGUACUGUCACCAUUCUAUUCAAAUAACCCUAAGACCCCUUUAAAAAUGGGGCUAUUUGUUGUCAUUGUAUAUGUAUUAUCAAUACUUCAGCUGAAGUAGUGACUGUUAAGUUGUGCAAUUGCAUUAAUCACACAUUCAGCUUUCUUUACAUACAAUGAAUUUUGCUAGAAUUAUGUUUAAAAUUGAUUAUGUUUAAGAUAACUAAAAUAACUAGACCCGAAGAGUCUAGGCCCGAAACAACAUCAGCUUUCCUGCUCCUUUGAUGCUGCUUGGCCUGCUGUGUUCAUCCAGUUCUACACCUUUGUUAUCUAUGUUUAAAAUAACUCUGGUUAAGAUAAUGGAGACACUAAACUUUAUUGACUUCUUAUUUCCAGAGCGCUACCUUGACUGCUGGAAAUUCACACUAUGCAAGGGUUAUGACAGCAAAGGACUGCAAUCAGGUUCAGAAAGAUUUGGGUGUACUGGGAAAGUGUCAUUGAUUGUCUGUUGUCAUAAGGGUAUCAUAUGCAGUGAUCUGGGCUGUAAAAGAUCAAAAAGAAUUCUUGGUGUUUGAGUGCACGGAUCACUCAGUUCAUGAGAAGUGCAGUUAAAACUGUAGCUAAAUUUAGCAGGAUGUUGGAUUGUACAAAUUUCUUAUAAAUCAAAAGACAGUUUUGCUAAAUAUUUAGAUGGGUCAAACUGCAACUGGGACACUGCUUGGUUUUCGUUUAUUUUGUGGGUGAUCUAGCCAGGUACGUAGUCAAGAGGUGAACUAAUUUUUGACUUUUAAAACCUUGGCAAGUCAAGAACCACCAUUAGUUUCCUUUUAGAGUAGGUUUCAAAGUCACCUGAAAAUAAAAGGCUGGCUAAUAACACUUAAGGUGUAGGAGCAGCAUUAGACCAGUUGGCCCAUCGGGUUUGUGCUGUCAUUUGACCAUAGCUGGUAUAUUUCUUAACCCUAUGUUACUGACUUCUCCCUGUAACCCUUACUCCCCUUACCAAUCAAGAACUUAUCUAUCUCUGUCUUAAAGACACUCAAUGUCCUGAUCUUCACAGCCUUGUCAUAAUUAGUACUACCGAUUCACCACCUCUGACUAAAUAAAUUUCUCCUCAUCUAAGGAGUCGAGCCUUCAUUCUGAGUCUGUGCCCUUGGCUCCUAGUCUGUCUUUGUGGAAACAUCUUCUCCACAUUGAGCCUAUCCAGACUGCUUAGUAUUCUGUAAGUUUCAAUAAAUACUUGAAUUUUCCUUCUAGACUCAAGUACAGACCCAAAGUUCUCAACCACUCCUUAAUGACAAGCCCUUCAUUAUUGCGAUCAUUCUUUUAAACUCCUCUGCACACCCUCCAAUGUCAGCAUAUGCUUCCUUAAGUACCAAAACUGCUCAAUAUUCCAAAUGCAAGCUGACCAGUCUUUUACAGCCCAGCAGUAUAUCCCCGUUCUUGUCUUCUAGCCCUCAGUGAAUGCUAACAUUGCAUUUGCCUUCCUAACUGCCAACUGAACUUGCAUGUUAACCUUAAAUUUCUGAAUUAGGACUCCUAAGUCCCUUUCUGCUUCAGAUUUUUGAUGCCUUUUCCCAUCUAGAAAUUAGAUUAUGCCUCUCUUCUUCGUACCAAAGUGCAUAACCCCUCACCUUUCCCACAGUCUUCCAUCUAUUGCUUCUUUACCCACUCUCUUGACCUAUCCAAGCCCAAGGAUCAGGUGAAGUUUCUUUCUUGCCCAUCAAUUUUAUAUGGAUGUACCUUACAUGAGGAACUUCUCAAGUGUGGGUCCACUGCACCUUCUGUGUAGGUGAGGUUUUAAGGAGGUUACUGCCCUGCAUUUUUCCAUUUUCCCACUUUCCCAGAACAUUCUGCUUUUACCCACUGGUGAUCCGUGACUAACAGUACAAUGCCAAGCUCCUGCUUUGUCUGACCUCUUAUCUUUCUGCCAUGAGCCACUGAAUUCAACAUAAAUUCUGUUCAGUUUUAAAUAGUCUUAUCAUAUAAAUUGGAUGAUAAAAUGUUAUUUUGAGGCAUUUGAAAUGACUUAAUACCAUUCUCUCAAUCCCUCGAGCUUCCUAGUUAUUUAGGUGCCUUGUCAAAGAUAGCAGAUCCUGUGAUACUGCAGAAUCCAUCAACUCAAAGUACCUGCAAAAGUAGAUGCAGACAAAGCUGUGGCCAGUGCAAAGUGGGAUUCUUUAUGUACAAAACCUACUUGCAACUGGAUUCCCUAUAAACAGAUGUCCAUGGGGUAAGUGACAAGAACAACCCAUACAAUCCAUCUCCAAGAAAACCAGUGAUCAUUAACUUUAAACAUAGGGGAUAAGAAGGAACUGAAAUAAAAUGGGUAUGUUGAGCAGUUCCAAGCUUUUGUUAAAGGGAGAGCGCUGCUGCAAACAAAAAUGAUGUGUCUUCCAACUGAUGGUUGUGGAACAGAUUCCGUUGUAACUUUCAAAAGGGAAUUGGAUAAAUGAGAGAAAAUUACAGGGAUUUGUAUAGCCAGCUCAAAUCUGGUGGGCUUCAUACACCCCCCUCCACCUGUUCUGUGUUUCUGUUUAGUUCUAAUUGGAGGUGAUGAGUAGUCUGUUCAACUAAAUAUAAUCACUGCUGUUUCUACAGUACUGCAACUUUGUUCCUAAUAUGUACAAACUAAAUUAAUCAGUAGUGACCCUGAAGCUGGAUGCCAAGACAGGAUGAACAUUGAUCAUCCUGUACUUCAUUGUUUCGUGAAGCCACCUUUACGUCUUGACAGAAUUAAUUGCUCACCAUCAGGAAAAAAUUUCACAUUCAAUAAAAGUUUUUACAAUUGAA